AUGGAAGAUAUAACUACGGCUUCCGGAAUCGACAAUGCAUACGUCACUUCAACUGCAAAAAAGGGCAAGCUAAAGCUCAAAUCUAAACGACGGUCCCACCGCCAUGACCACAACGAUCGAGAACGUGACCGAGAGCGGGAACGGCGACAAUAUCGAAGCCAUACCCGCUCUCGAUCUCGAUCUCGAUCUCGCUCUCGUUCAGCUUCACCGAGCCGCAAGAAACGAAAGCAACAGCAACAACAACAACCAACGGUAGCCGAAACAGAUGAUCCAGCACUCUACGAUGAUGUUUUUCUACCUGGUCAAAAUAGUUUUAAAUAUAAAGAUCCCGAAGCCGCAUUUAGGGAAUCAUUGUUCGAGGCGAUGGCUGAUGAUGAGGGUGCAUCUUAUUGGGAAGGCGUGUAUGGACAGCCGAUACAUCUUUAUGAAAGGCCGAAAGUGGAGAAUGAGAGGGGAGAGCUGGAGAUGAUGACUGACGAGGAAUAUGCAGAGUAUGUAAGGAGAAGGAUGUAUGAAAAAACAGAUGAGUUCUUAGAGAAGGAGAGGAAGAGAAUUAAGAAAGAAAGAGAAAGAGAACGGAAGCGAGAGGAGGAAGAUAGGGCUGAAUGGCAGAGGAGGGAAAGAGAGAGAUUACUACUUGAGAAAGAAAGACGGUCGAGGAAGAAUAUCGAGAAGAUCAAGAAAGCAUGGGCGAUUUACACGGGUAUUUGGGACGAUAUUACAAAGAAGGAGAGACCGAAGUCGGGCCGGAUAGAGGUUCCGUGGCCCGUGGAGUCGGGACGUCGAAGGGAUAUAUCCAAGGAAGCCAUUGAGGAAUUUUUCAAAUCGGCACCGGGAGCGAGUAGCGGUGCUGACGGUUCAGAAAGCAAAUCUUAUGCUGAUAUCCUGCGACUUGAAAGAGUGCGGUGGCACCCGGACAAGGCCUUGCAGCGAUGGGGAAGAGAAGCAAUCAGUGAUGAUAUAUUGCAGGGUAUCACAGCCGUUUUUCAAAUUAUCGACUCGUUAUGGGCAGAAGAGCGCGAAGGUGAGAAACGCUGA